UCAUUCGUAUCAUUAUUUUAAUGAUUGAUAUUAUUUGUAAUGUAGAGAUGCACAUGUAGACGCUCAAUGUUGCCAUAAACGUGAGCAGGCACAAUGAGCAAAAAUUGGCGAAAAUUAUUUUCUGAUUUAAUGAUCGCAGAUUAUGAUGUUGCCUGCGAUGUAUUAUAGCACUCGAGUUCCUCGUCACGAGAGGCAUAAAGUUCUUUUUGUCAGUGUAACGCAAUCAGAGUUUUGUAAUUGGACUGUUCUGCUUCUAUAAAGGGUGAACGCGAAAUCGGUAAGAAAUUCAGGGUCGCCCGGAGCUGGUUCUACCUUUAAUGCUCGUGUCGUUAGCCGCUCCAACGAUCAUCCUCUGAUAAUGUUCCUGCCGAUCAUUACGCGAACAUAAAAAUUUCUUAAGCCAGCACGACGAAGAACAUGCAUUUUCCAUGUAGUAGAGCAAAUUUUCUGAAACGAUGGUAUUAUUAACCGUAGCCGUGCGUGCUGAUUUUUAACGCGCCUGACAUUUUGCAUCUCUUAAUAUCAUUUUCACAUGCUUGUACAUAUAGAGAAAUAGCGUAAUAGCUAUUUCUAUUCUUAUACUGUAUUCUGCUUAUACUGCAUGAUCCACGAACAAUGUUAAACACUACAAUACGAGAACUAUAGCCGUAUUAACAGUUAUAUCUCAAAGUUAUUACAUCAUUGCGCAAAUCAUGUGGCAAGACCUAAACGGCAACAGCUAAAAUACCAGUUUAUAAGUUUCGAUACAUUAUGACAACUAGUUGUCAAGGCCAUUUGACAUGGUCAGAUUGAUUUUACUCGCAAGUUUCAUUGUUUUUGGCUGUAGUGAGAUCGCCUUGGAAGUUCCAGUAAUUUUGAUUCUAAGACUAUUUGCCCGAUACUGAUACAACGAUUUUUUAGACAAGGAAAAGUAGACAAAGAAAAAAUGAUUAAAGUGUGAUGCCGACUUUCGACCUGGCCCAUCCUUCAAACCGGUUUACCUCGGUUAACAUUGGAAAUAAGAAAAAAGGGACGUCGUGCGGUUUCUUCCGUCUGCUUCGUAGUAUUGCGCUCGAUGCCGGUCGAAGCCAAUUAAUUUUAACAUCCACAGCGCGCACGUGUACUACACUGUUAUAACAUAAAAUCCCGACAAUAGUCGAACGACCUCAGUUCGGCUUCGACGUCUUCCGUCCAGUUCCGUUUGCUCCUUCUUCUACGCGACGAAACUUUUUCCUCGCGAUCCACAGUCGAUCGAUAGCUCUCGUGGUAGCUACCACGAUCUCUUCCCAUCGUUGGCAGAUAAACUGUGUUCGUCCUGCCAUUAGUUUACUAACAUUAUUAUUUUACAAUCGAUCAGCCGUUCGCACUCGCAGAGAUUUGGUGAUAAAUGAUGACACUGGAAAGAGUGACUGUUAUUUUAAUCGUUUUCAUUUGGGCCAGUGAUUCUUUGGCAGAUCAUCAUCAUCAUCAUUAUCAUCGAUCAAGUCGAUCAACUAACGAGUAUAUACUGCGCAAGUGUAUAGCCACUGCGGAAUUAAUUAGAAAACACAGGAACGAAGAAACGGUCGCCGUCAGCUCGCGCAAAGCAGAGGGGAACUUGCUUCAGCCGCAAGUACAACAAAGAAACCCUGAUUUUGUAUCGGCAUUUUUGACCGACGUUUCUCAACCGGAAGUUUCCAAGCAAAGCAGCAUUUAUCGGCGUAUGACUCACAUGAGGAGACGCGCUAACGGGCACGCACGUCGAAUCACGAGCAAGCAACUGGCAGAUACACCUCUGAAAACGGUCAACAUCGAUGCACCGGAAGACAGACCACUGGCCUUCAAGAAAAAGAGCCCGUUGCCAGAACUUGCGCACGAUGUAUCCGGCAGGAACAUUGACCCGUCGCCGCACGUGAUAAUCAUCAAGCCUGUCACUUAACAUUCUUGUUGUUGACACUCGGCUACCGCAAAUUUUGAUUCUAUUGCAAAUUGGCAUAAUUGCAUGAAUACAAUUAUUUCUAAUAAUUAUUUCCGUAAAUCGUUAUUCUCUUAAACGGCUUAUAUUGUCGUUUCAAACUAACAAACAAUUGUCUAGAAAUAUCAAAUGUAAGUUAGUGACAAUAAACUGACUUUAUAAAAUCA